GAUACAGUUGGCGCGACCCUUAGCCUUUUCACACCGGCGGCUACGUACCCAGAGACAUUUUGACAUUCAACAUUCGACAACCUCCACCUUCAACCUCUAGCCUUCUGCUUGGUGUAUCACACAAUCCAAUACAUUUAUUUUUACGUGGUUGUACGGCACUGCCUAUCCUUACUCGUAUAGUAUUUGACAGGACUAUCUGUUCGUCGGAUCCCAAUCCCAACUCCCAACUCCCAACUUCGAUCCAUUCGGGGUCCGUGAGGGGCACAGACCUAUACGCGAGACAUAGCCGCCACGGGACCACAACCCCCAAAUAACUUAGGCCACCCGCCCGUGGACAUGCAAAUCUUUUUCCUGUCCCCGAUCCGUGCCGGCUUCAAACUCUCUACCUAAGCGUCUCAACAAAUUCCAAAAGUUCUCCUUUAAACUAUACCACACAUCGUAUCCGAACGACUAAGGAAUCGCCCAUCAUGACCGACUCAUUUGCUCCGCGCUCGAUGAAGCGCAAGAAUGUGAAGGGUCUAGCGCUGACUCCGGCUGCCCCAAAGCAACAACCCGCAUCUUCGAAUAACGACCGCCAGUCGGGUUGGGGUUUCGGUGGAUCAAGAGCCGAGGAAGUAGGCCAAGACGCUCAGCUCGAAAUCGGGAUAGAAUUCAACCUCGACCUUCGGCAAGAAGAUAUCGAGAUCGUAAAAGAGCUUGGUUCAGGAAAUGGAGGCACUGUUAGUAAGGUCAAGCAUUUGCCGACCGGAACCACGAUGGCUCGAAAAGUAAUCCACGUCGAGGCAAAGAAAGAAUUGCGGAAACGAAUUGUGCGCGAGCUUCAAAUCAUGCACGGCUGCCAUUCCGACUACAUCGUUACUUUCUACGGCGCGUUUUUAAAUGACCACAAUGAUGUUAUAAUGUGUAUGGAGUAUAUGGAUGUUGGGUCUCUCGAUAGAGUCUCACGCCACUUUGGACCGAUCCGUGUUGAUGUGCUUGGAAAGAUAGCAGAAGCAACUUUAGGCGGUCUGACGUAUUUGUAUUCGAAACUACACAUUAUGCACCGAGAUAUCAAGCCUUCGAAUAUCCUCGUAAACUCUAGAGGGCACAUCAAACUUUGCGAUUUUGGUGUGUCGGGAGAAUUGGUUAAUUCUAUCGCCGACACUUUCGUCGGUACCUCCACGUACAUGGCUCCCGAACGAAUUCAGGGUGAGAAGUAUACAGUUAAGUCGGAUGUGUGGAGUUUUGGUCUCAGCAUAAUGGAACUUGCUAUUGGCAAAUUCCCCUUCGCAAGCGAACAAUUAUCGGAUGGAGAUGGUGCACCUGCUGGUAUUUUGGAUCUCCUCCAGCAGAUUGUACAUGAGCCAGCUCCGAAGCUCCCUAAAAGUGAUGCUUUCCCAUCAAUUUUAGAAGAUAUGGUCCAGAAAUGUUUGUCGAAGGAUCCCGACGAGCGACCAACACCUCAAGAACUUUGGGAUCGAGACCCAUUUGUACAGGCUGCGAAACGGACACCUGUGGAUUUAAGAGAAUGGGCAGUUGGUUUAAUGGAGAGAGAUAACCGCAAGUCACAUUUAGUACCUCAACUUUCGCCCGCUACUCGAGAGCUUUUACGAUCGAGUGAAUCUCCGACUUAUCAAAACGACGGCAACGCUGCGUACACACCAACCUCCGGUGAGAUUCCUAUUGCAGGUGCCAUCGCUUCGCCACGGGACCAGAACCAAAACCGAUCGCCCACAAGAAACGGGGUGGGUAGCCUCGGUCGCGCAUCUGGUAGUACAGCUCAUCCAGGACUAGGUCCACGGGCUGCAACAUCUGGAUCGAUACCCAAGAUUACAACCGCCGACCUUUCACAACCUGGUAGCGCUAAUUUAGGGGCAUCGUUCACACUACCUGUAAGGCCAGCACCUCCUGGCGGACCACUGCCACCUCCACCUCCAAGAAAGGAGACGCCAGAUGAGCUUCGCAGAGAAAAUAGGCGAGCAGCAACAUUCAUUCCACCAACGAAUGGCAGCUACGGAAGUGCAGGAUAUCCAUCGCGAUAAAGCAGCCUCGCAAUCAUUAUCUCAUUUCCAAGUUACGUCGCGAACGCUGCACAAGAUCAUGCCAAGCUCGUAUGCAUAUGAGCAUACAGGCUCUUGCUAGACUGAUGAUCAUCACUACAAAUACCCACAUUGCUCGGCGCAAUGACAUGUUCGAACCUCUAUCCCCAAUAUAUAAAAACAUAGCAUCCUAGGCAUGCACUCAUAGCAUGCUCAUAAGAGAAUAUAUCAGACGGUUUUUUUAGGGAGAGGAUAUAUGGGGACCGAAAAGACGAUAUUAGGGGGGUUUAGCUAUGUGGGUUAAGUACCGCACGUAGUUGACGGUGAUGG